UGAUUCUCUACCAUCUAACAUCCCAUUCAGGAUGGACUUUGUUUUACAAUCUUGGGCAAAAGACAAGAGCGUUCGCGCCCUCCUCCUUCCACUAUCUGACGCUGCACACUAUUCGGUUGUGCUGCCCCAGAACGGAACGCAGGUGGAACAAAUUCGACGCCCGCCACCUCGACCGGCAUCUCCCGCAGCUGACGAUGUCAAGCCCCAACCAGAUAGCGAAGGGCACCUUGGAGCCAUAGCGGAACAAGCUCUCCAAUCGGCAGAGAAGGCUCUGGUCCUCCGCCAGAACAAAUUCCUGGAUUGCUUUUCGUUCGGUUCAGAUCUGGGCAACUAUUUUGUCUUGAAAAGCGAUCCUAAGUCGGAGGAGGAUGUUUGCUAUGUUAACUUGCAUCAUUGCGAGUUCUUUCCUGACCCAGACUUCCCCUACCUAUGGCUGAAGAACUUGUCGACAUCUCAACAGAGCGUUCGAGAAUGGCCAGCCUGGUCUCAGACCCAUCAAAUCUUGUCCGGAGGCAAUGUCCGACUUGAUGCUGGCACAUGGAUCCUGACCCUUGGUCAAGGUCUGCAGUUUCUGUUGCACAUUCCACUCCCGCCGGAUGCGUACCAGCUCGGCACGAGCGUCCUCAAGCCUACCAGGCCCUCAGAUCCACGGAAAGCCGAUCCCAGAGCUCCAACAAACCCUGCCAAAACCGAUGUUCACCUCGACACCAAAAAGCGAGUCAACCCUCCUGCCAAAGACUACACUGGAAUGCCCGAGCACGCUCCGACAUCACUUCAAGAAUCAGCAGAUGAUGUACCGCGGGUUCAAGAUGUGGAAAACUUGAUUGGGGAUACACGCCAUUCCCGGGUUGAGAAGGGCAAUUGGUCAGGGAAAAGAGUUGCAAUCAAAUUCUGUCGACGUCCAGAUAUUCCACUCUCCGCCAAAAUGUGGCAAGCGGAGGUCCUCGCCCUGAAGAUUCUCGGCAAGCAUCAAAAUGUGGUUCAGUUCUUCGAUUCAAAUGCUGACAAGUAUUCCAUAACAAUGGAACUUGUCCCUGGAUUAAGCCUCGAGCACUAUGUCGACCAGAAUCGGACCUCUACUCUUACCGAGACGCAGUCCCUGGACAUCUGGAUUGGUGCCGCACAGGGCUUACAGUGGGUGCAUGAGAAAGGCUUUCUUUACAACGACCUCAAACCUCAAAAUACCAUGUACGACCCGAAAUCCGGUCGAACAGUUUUGAUCGACUUCGGCCUUGCAUCUCCAGAAGCCAUUACGUACUUUGUUGGUGGGGGUACUCCAUGUUAUGUCUGCCCAGAGUAUGUGAAUCGACAACGAUACCAAGUCAGCGACAUCUGGUCUCUGGGUAUAUUGGUGAUGUUUGUUCUCAGAUUGAUAGAGCUUCCCCGUCAAUCUUGGGAUUUGGCGCAAGUGUUUGAUAGGAGUUCGUCUCACCGGCAAAGGAUGAACGCCUGGCAAGACGAAAUCUUGACCAAAGUCAACACCGCGCCCGGCCGUCAUCUGGAACUCCUACGUCGUAUGUUGUGCAAAAUGCCAGACGACCGUAUCCACGUAGACGAGCUUGUGACCUGUCUUCGGGAGGCGCGUCAUUCUCACAAGCUUUUGGCAUAGUAUUUGUCUUCGAGAGGCCCGUCAUUCUCAUAAGAGUUUGGUCUAGUAUUUGUCUUCGACAGGCGCGUCGUUCUCAUAGGUUUUAGUAUAGUAUUGGUUGUUGUCAUUCAAGUCGGUUAGCAAGUUGGGAUUUCCAAAGUUAUUGUUUACUUGUCACUGCCUUAU